AUGGCCGACACCAGCGCCCCAGCUUUGGAGAAAGUCGGAUUCUCUGGACCAAAUGCCUCUCGUCGUCCGUUCGGGGCCGCUACAUCGGAGGACCGUCCGUCUCUCCCUGCUUGCCCUCCAGCUUCAGCGCAAGUAACGGAGGAAGAUGAAGGCAAAUCUGGAGACAAGCCUGUCGAUAAGCCGGUUGGCAAGCCCGUGGAAACAAAUGCCGAGCCACCGGUGAGCGAGGGAAAGCCUGACGGUAGCGGUCUCGGUGGGCUAGCUCACCCUCCCAAGCCUGUCCAAGCCGUGUCUGCCGCAGAAACUCACGUCAAUGGGUCGACUCCUGCUGCCGCGCCUGUUGAACCGGUUCAGGAGCCUGCACGCGAACCAGUCGCCAAGACCGGGACUGAAGAGUCCGAGUCCGAGUCCAGUCCAGCAGCAGAGGCGUCGCUGGAUGGCCAGGAGGGAAAACCCGCGGCGCCUGCGGAGGAACCCGAGCCUGCGCGAGAGCUCAAGUCAACAGAGGAAACGAGCCCGGCUACCGGUGUGCCUGUCGCAGAUGGAGCGACGGAUACGCACAAGCCCAACGCUAAACCAGAAACUCCGGUGACGCACGCUGGCCCAGAGGCCGAGUCGGUGCCAGCAACCGCGCCAGCUCCAGCAGCCAGCGCCGCCUCAACUUCCAAGACUGCGGGGCUCAAUGGGCCCGUCGCUGGGGGAAAGCGCAAGCUUGACGACACGGCUGAGCCUGCGACAGCCGAGCCCCGGAAUCAAGACGGAGCUGCCCCUGAUGCCAUUCCGAAUGGCAAGAAACCCAAGAUUGAUGACGACGAUGAUGCUUCUGCCCAGCCUCCCGCAAACGCCAACGCAAACAAGACACCCGCCCAGGAACAGACGGAGAAUUCAUCAAGCUCUUCCAAGGCCGCCAACGCAAAGAAGAAAAAGGAGCCCGUCAUUGGCAGAACCGCUCGAAAGACGCGCAGUCAGGGUCCGGCCGAGCUGCCGUCGGUAUGA